AUGCACACAACCACGGCCUUCGUUAAGGCUGUGAAGGAGUCUGCCGAUUGCUUGAAGAAGAACGUAGCGCUCAUAUACGAAAGAGAUCCCUUCGGUAGCGACAGUGAUUCUGAUCAUGAUGCCGCCAAUACGGAUGUCCAAGCUGUCCAGCCAAACAACGGGAAAGAAACCCCAGCACCUGUCCUCAAGGAAGCAGUCGUGCAUGAAGCGCGGAAGGUCGUGGUCCAGGAAGAGGCUGAAGAAGAUGCACGCAGUGAUGAUCAGAACCAGGGUGCAACAGCCAUUGGCGAGAAUCGUUUUCUGACCUUCGACAUCGAUGACCUGUUGACCGAAAACACGGCAGACUUCAACUUGGACUUGUGCAAAGUCCAGGUAUCCAGGCUUCUGUCCAAGGUCCGUGUGGCAGAGCGUGUGGAAGCGGCCAAGGACAUGGAGCAGUGGAUGAGUGUGUUGGAAACAUCGAACGCAGAGUCGGAGGUGAUGUUGACAGAAACUGAGGCUGCAACGGAUGCUUCGCAGCAUGGGCUGGAGGAGCGACGUCAAGACAUUGCCACACUGGUGGGUCAAAGCAGCAUCAAGACCUCAGAGUUGCUGAAGGGCUUCAUGCAAAAGGUUUCGCAGUACCGCCUGGACACGCUGGACAUGCUCAGGGCCAGAUAUGCAAAGUCUGCCUAUGAUGAAUUCUGGGAUGGUUUGCAAGACACAAUUGACAGGGAGACAACACGGCGACGAAGCAAAAUCGAUGAAGAACAUACUAUGGAAGUUGCAGCGGAAGUCCAUCGCCGUUUGGUGGGUGACGCAGCUCAAGGACCUGUCGUGGCAGCAGCAGUGAAUCCCAGCGUAGUUGCCGCGCACAUGCUCGAGGCCAUUUCCUUGCAGCAAGAUGAGACAACAUACCGGAAAACUCGACUGGAAAUGGAGACUGGGAAACGUAAGCAGUAUGAAAACAUUCUGCUGGGCGUUGAUGGUGGUAGUGAGGAGCCAAUUGAGGGUCAAGAAGGAGCGCUCAACAGGCUCCGCCUGUCGGAUGCUGAAAACGAUCUGCUUGCGCAGGUGCGGGUUGAUGCACGGAAAGCAGCUUGCGACAGCAUUCUGGCCACGGAGGAGGGAGGUCGCUUGGCUGAAAAAGCAAGUGGUAAGGACAUGGAGGACCAAAACCAGCUUUUUUUUGAAUGCCAGAAGUUGAAACUCAAGGCCCAAGAAUUGGAGAGGCAAUUGAAAAGUUUGUCAACGCCAGAAGAGCGGAUCAAGGAGUUGGAACAACAAGUUGCAGCUAAAUGCUUGCAGAUGCAGCGUGCCGCCAAGCGCUCCGAAAGAAAAGCAAGGAUGCGUGAACAGCAGGUAGGGGCAGAUUCCCAAUCGCUGGAGCCAGACGAUAUGAAGGGACCAGAUGCUGCAUCUUUGGUGCAGUGGCUGCUGAGCUUGGCACCAAGCCUCGCAAGUUCUGUGGAACAGGUUCAAGCAGAGUACCAAAAGCUACGGGCAACCUAUGACAUCGCAAAGGAGACACUGCUUUCCGAACGAAUGGAGUCUUUCGGCCUUAGGCCAGGUGACUCGUCGAAACCAAAGCUAGAAACAUUGCAGCAAAAGCUGCAGGAGUCAAAGGAAGAACUCCAGAUUCUCAUAGAAGAGAAAGCCCACUUGGAUCAGGCUGUUCGAGGCCCGAAGAAGAAGCCCAAGGGUGAAGCGAACCUGUCGGAUGACCAGGUCAUGACACGAGCUGGAGGUGAUGAUGCUGAAGACGGUGAUUUGCUGGUCACGAGCUUCAUGUCACAGAGCUCCCUCUUUGAUUGUGAUGGCAAGCCCAUCAUGGUAAAUGCUGUCCUGCCAGAUCCGUCUGAAUUCACAGCAGUGGGCCAGUCUCGUCCAUACUUGGCGGAGCUUACAAAGGCGUGCCAGCUGCUGGAGAAGCAGCGAGCUGAUCUUUCUGCCAAGCUUAGACGGGCAAACGGUGAACAUCCUGAAGAAAACGACGAUCAACUUGGUGGCAGUCGAGAGAGUCAAGCUGAACCAGCUCGGCGCAAGGAGGCAUCAGGAAGCAGCACGCGUCGAUCGUCCGUCGGAAAUGCAGGAGGCAGAGAUACAAAACGGAAUGACUCCAAUAGGCUUGGAGGCGACAAGGGCUCCAAGGCAUCUGCCUCUGCGAUUCCAUCCAGACCAACUCGAAAAGGCCGACAAGCAAUCAUGGGCGCUUUGAAGCCUGUGGACGACCAGCCUGAAGUGACCGAAGAAGCCAAGGCUGGGGUAUUGGCGCUCCUUGCUAUGUUCAAGGAGCUAGAGGAUGUGCGUGCCCAGAUCAACUACUCUGACAGUCGCAUCCAUCGGGCUAAGAGUCAGCAUGAUGGCAAGGAUGCCGCAAGAGGCGAGGAGUCAGAUGAUGAUGACGGGGCUCCAGAUGCAAAUCGAGAGCUGCGUCGCGAGGUGCAGCGAAAGCAGCGCGAACUCAACCAGUUGCGGAAGCGUUGGGCGGAAGACAGAGGAAAUCGCGAAAAAGCAGUGACGCGGCAUGCAGCCUUGGCCGGGAGUGCUGUGCGGUACUUGCUGCAGGAGAGGUUGCAGGCCGAAGCGCAGGAGGACAACUCCAGCGACUCUUCGACAGAAUCAUCUUCGCAGUCCGACGCCUCAUCCAAGGAAAGCUGA